CAACCCUAGUUUAACUAGCUUUACUUACCCUAGUUUAACCUAUACGAGUUACCGUCAUCAUUACUACAUAUCUUCCGAUAUCUUCUAACUCUUGACAUUCCAGACUCAACCGUCUCCAUCACACUCACGUCUCCACACUCAACCCCCACGAUCACUUUUUCUUACACCUACAUUCUCUCUUUCCUCCAUCUUCACCUUCCCUUGUUCCUUCUUCCUCCAGACUCCAUGGCAAACAAAGGUAAAUCGUUUGCGGAAAUGGGGGUACUAUCUCUAUCAAAUGAAGACUGCCGAUCCACCGCAAGUCUCGGUGACUAUCUUUCAUUUACAAGCAAAACAGCAAUUGUGGCCGAGUACGAGUUCAUCCACCUAAGUCCUUUCCCUCAAGAAGUGAAGAAGUUAAUAAAAAAUCUUGGCUGGGAAAAGUUCUUUGAUCUCCGGAGUCGAGGAAGCACCAGUUACUGCCCGCAUGUGGUGAGGAAGUUCUACCACAAUUUAGAGCUUUCUGGUCCCUGUGAUUCUCAUCUCGUGUCGAUCUUCCUGGGACAUAGAGUCUGCUUCCAGCCUCAUCAGUUUGCUGAGAUCCUCGAUCUCCCCGCCACAGGACACCCCAUUGAUAGCAGAAGCGAUCUUGGGCGGCUGUACGAUUUUGAGUUUGAAGUUGAACUGGCGAAACUGACGAAGGGGCGCAUCCAUGCUUCUUUCCUCCCAGAUCCUCUUCGAUUCCUCCACUGGAUGAUCGUCAACUGCUUCAUGCCAAGGUACCGUGGUCAUUCGAUUAUUCGUAAACUUGACUUGUUUAUCCUUGUGCAAGCUCAAAGAGGUGUUCCUAUUAACCUCGCAUCUCUCAUGUGCCUGAACAUGGUUGAGGCUGCUCCUAGAGGGGAAAACUGGUACACUGCCUUUCCAUAUGCCACCUUUCUUGAAAGGGUUGGGAUGGAUAUGGGGUUUUAUGUUAAGGAGGACCAGUGCGCUUAUUUUCCAGUGUACCGUAUCGCCGAAUUGACCAAUACUUUUAUUGACCUUCGGCAUACGGAGCAUGAAGAGACCCCUGAGGCAUCCUCAAGCAAACGUCCUCGGCUUACAUGAGAGUCGAUUGAUGCAGGGCGGGGUGGAGCGUUGGAGCAACAAAGGGGCCAGCAAUGGAUGUCUUCUGUUAAGAAGUUUACUAAGGCUUUGUUGGAUUUUUUCCAGUAUUUUGUCUUUUCCUUAAUUCUCCAGCACUCAAAACUGUUAGGUACUGAGGGGAGCCAGUACAUCAUCUGACUAGGAAAGUCUCCCAUUUUUUUAAUUGUCCAGACCAAUAUUUUUCUAUGCAUACAGUAUUUUGUGAAUUUGCCAUGGCUAAUUUCCCUAAGACAGGUGACGAGAUGCAGUAAUGGUCAUCUCCAAUGGUGCAAUUUUUGUGACUUGCAAGAUGAUGAGGCAAGGAGGUGCAACUGCAUCCUACACUUGCUAUGAUGUGAGAAGCUAUUGCAAGGGUGAAAAUUUGCUUGCAAUUGAAAUUGGCCCACGAGUGGGGACUAUUGAUGAAAUUGCAAUGUUUUCUCAAAAAUAUAGAAGUGUAAGUAGGGACUACCUAUGAAAUUGCAAAUGAAUUUCAUUGGGGAGAUUUUAAUCCGCUUUUGUUCUAAGCAGUUCCAAUUAGGUCGAAGAAUGUGUUACUUAUUUCAUCUUCAUUUUUUAAUGGUUUUCGAAAAUUAUGGUUUUAUUUAUAUUUGGUCACAAGUAUAGUGACGAUGAUAGGCGUGAAUAGUAUGGAUAUGGCUUGAUUAUAAUGAUUUUUUAUCUAUGGUGAUUUUUUCCCCUUUUUAAUCAAGACUCAUGCUUCUUUUAUUCCCCGGGUGAAUCUAUCAUGUUUCGUUUAUAGUAAAAUACCCUUUUAAUUAUACACAAUAAAGAAUCCAUUAAUUA